AUGACGAUCCUUGGAUUUGUUGCCAUUGAGGCCGGAGUGCAGGCGUCUUUGUGCUGCUUUUCAAGAAUAGACAUCGCAUGUUAUCAGAAUUAUUUGGCAUUUUUAUUUGCUAUCACUCAAAUUAACAACAACACAAAACUGUUGCCCAAUGUCACUCUGGGAUUCCAUAUUGUAGAUCCUUGUUUGUCUGAAGAAAAAGCAACAUCUGGAAUGAUUUUUAUUUUUUCUGGAAACAAAGGGGUUCCUAUUCCUAACUAUCGGUAUGUUCGUUCACCUAACUUGGUGGCUUUUGUAGAUGGCAUAUCUUCCAAAGUGACUCUUCUUAUGGCCAGAAUGUUUGGACUUUACAAUAUUCCACAGAUUAGUUAUGCAUCCAUGGAUCCAGUAUUAAGUGACAAAAAUCAAUUUCCUUUAUUUUAUCGCACUGUACCUAAUGAAAUUGCCCAGUAUGGUGCAUUUAUAAAGCUAAUAAAGCAAUUUUCAUGGACAUGGGUGGGUGUAUUGGUUUCAGACAAUGAAUCUGGCCUCAAAAUGAGCCAAAUGUUGCAAAAGGAAUUUGAACUCAAUGGAAUAUGUUUUGCCUUCCUUGAAUUCAUCCCAUACCGCAGUGCCUUGGAUGAUGCUAAAAAAUUACAUAUUGUCAGAAGUCUAAAUAGCUCAGCUGCCAAUGUUAAUAUUGCUUAUGGUGACAGAGACUACAUGCUUACUUUAAGUAUUAUAUUGUAUAUGUUUCCCAUAUCUGAAAAGGUGUGGAUCAUUUCCUCACAGUGGGAUGUUGCCAGUGGAUUGGAUUAUUUUUUUUUACCUUUUGUCUCAUUUAAUGGUAGUUUGGCUUUUACACGUCAUAUUAGUUCCAUUCAAGGUUUUGAGGAUUUUUUGCUAACCCUAACUCCUGAUGAUUUUCCAAAUGAUCCCAUUAUUAAAUCUUCAUGGUUUGAACUAUACUCUUGUGUGUGGAAAGGUAACAAUAAAGCAUUGGCAUGCAAUGGCACAGAAGAAAUACAGAAAAUAUAUGAAAAUAUAUACAAAGAUAUCUCCAUUAACAGUUACAGUAUAUAUAAUGCAGUAUACAUGUUAGCAUAUGCUUUGCAAAUGCAAAAAAGGGAAGAAGGCCACCAUGUACACAGCAUACAAGCAUGGGAAAUGCACAAGUAUCUAAAGAAAAUCAGUAUUGCACAGAGUGAUGGGAAUGAGUUGCAUUUUGAUGAGAAUGGUGAUAUGCCUUCUGACUUUGACAUUAUAAAUUGGAUUGUCUACCCAAAUCAAAGUCUUGAUGGCAUCAGAGUAGGAACAUAUGAACAGAAAUCUUCAUUCCCGGAACUGAGAAUUAAUGAAAGUCUAAUACGAUGGAGUCCAACAUUUAAUGAUACACCACGUACACCUUACAGUCAAACCUGCCAUCCUGGAUACAAGAAGAAACGUAAAGAAGGACUUCCUGACUGCUGCUAUGACUGUGUGCCCUGUCCAGAGGGUGAGAUAUCCAAUCAGACAGACAGAGUCACUUGUCUUAAAUGUCCAGUACACCAAUGGCCUAAUUUUAACAGAACCAUUUGCAUUGAUAAAGUGAUAACUUACUUAUCCUAUCAUGAGCCACUAGGUGCAUCACUGGCUUUUUUAUCCAUUCUGUUUUUCAUCAUGACUGGUUUGGUUUUGAUGAUCUUCAUACAAUACAGAAACAUGCCAGUUGUUAAAGCCAAUAACCGAGAUCUCAGCUACAUCCUUCUCGUUUCCCUCAAGAUUUCCUUUCUAUGUAAUUUGCUCUUCAUUGACCACCCUCUCCAAGUGACCUGCAUUCUAAGACAAACAGUGUUUGGAGUCACCUUCUCAACUGUUAUUUCUUCAGUUUUGGCUAAAACUGUAACUGUGGUGAUUGCCUUCAAUGCCACCAAGCCUGGAAGCAAACUGAGAAUUUUCUUGGGACCCAGAGUGACGAAUUCCAUUGUAAUAGUCUGUUUACUAAUGCAAGUGAUUAUAUGCACCAGCUGGUUAGUGUCCUCUCCUCCAUUUCCUUACUAUAACAUAGAAGAUGUAAUUAGUGAGAUAGUAGUUGAGUGCCACGAACAUUCAAGCUUUGGAUUUUAUUGCAUCCUUGGAUUUAUGGGAUUAUUGGCAGCUCUGAGUUUUAUCAUUGCUUUCUUUGCUCGGACACUACCUGAUAUCUUCAAUGAAGCCAAGUUUAUCACCUUCAGCAUGUUGCUGUUCUGCAGUGUAUGGGUCUCUUUUAUUCCAGCCUAUUUGAGCGCUAAAGGCAAAUAUGUUGUGGCAGUGGAAAUAUUUGCUAUCCUGGCUUCUAGCUUUGGAAUUCUGGCUUGUAUAUUUGUUCCCAAAUGCUAUCUCAUCCUUUUUAAAACUGGCAAGUGCACAAAGGACUUUAUAAAAAAGAACUCCAGUUAG